AGGGUGUGUUCCUCAGUGGGGUUUAUAAAAGUGUUGCGGGAAGCGUCGUGGUGUUCGGUGCUUUAUGCCGGGAGUCAGCGCAGGGUGACCGGGAGCGCAUUUUCCAGGUGUGUCGAGAUGCAGCGCAGCAGCAACAACAGCGGCUUGGCUCAGCAGCUGGGUCAAAGAUGGCUGGCCUUGUUGAACCGCCUUCAAGAGGAUCCCAAGCUCGCACAAGUGAUGAGUACGAGGAUCGGGCAGUACCUCCGCAGCCGGCCCUUCCUGGCCCUCGCCCUGCUGAUGUUCAGCGCCAUGGCGGCGCUGCCCGUUGGGCUCUUCCUUUUGUUUGCCCUCGUUACUAUAGUUAUGGCAGUUGUGGGAUUUGUUUUCUUUGAGGUGUUCAUGCUGUUUGUCGGAGGAAUCACUCUGCUGUCUGUUCUCUCCGGCAUCGCCCUCUUCUCUCUGCUGGUCUCGGUCAUCGUUACCGGUGUGUUUGUCACCAUCCCCAACCUGCUGAAGCGCUAUUACCCUAAUGUGGGAAAGCAGAGGAAGGAGAGUGAGGAAGAAACUCCAGAAGUGAAGCAAAAGAAGUAAAAUGUCGCUCCUGGUCUCUCUGGUUGGAGUUUUAAAGCCGCUUUUCUGGUCAGACUCUGAGGAUCUGAGCUGCUAAGCACAAAAAACGCUGCCAAGGUCACUUCUUCCUGAACACCAAGUGUCCUUGAUGUUUUAAUGAGAGGAGGGUGAAGUUUUAUCUGUUUACUGUGCAAUAUGUGUGAGGUUUUUUUGUUAUACUCCUCACGUCUCUCACUUGGCGCUUAACCAAAUGAUCUCGGUUACGCAGGUCAAACGUUCAUCCUGUUACAGGAUAGAGAUGCAGCUACAGCAAACCAUUUUCUGCAAAUCUAUUUUAGGUACAUUUUUAGCUACGAAAAGUAUGUAUAUGUAUAAUAUUUAUAUAGUCUGUGAAAUAAUGACAUAUAAACACACAGUAAAUGGUUGUUAAUUCCCUAGUUCUCUUUUCUACUUGUGUUUUUGUCUUUUUUUAAAAGGCUACAAAGACGUGUUUAAUGGUAGUUUUAAUCUUUUCUAGAAUGCUAAUUUUCCGUUUCCAUACAAGUGAUCCUAGGUGCAAAAACACUGGAACUUAGAGAGCUGAGGGUGUAUUGUGUAACUAGUAAGAGCAUUAAUGUGAUGUUUUCUGGCCUGGAGGAGAAGAGAUGGUAACAGACGUAAUCUGAUUCAUGUGCCGUCCCCUUUUGCCAUCACUUCAUCUCUGCAUUUUUUAUUUUUUUUUGCCUUUCGUUGAGAUUUAGCACUUUCUUUUGAAUGUGUUAUUUUAGUGCUUCAGGGAGAAAAUCCAAAACACUCAAAACUGAUUAAAGAGGUUAUUUUUCUUACUGUAUAAUUUCUACUUCAAGGGUGACCUAUCUGCCAAAACUUUAACUGCUUAACUUUGUUUGGAGGCCGUCCUGAAACCAUGCAGAUUACGUGUUUGGUGUCCAUGAUGGAUAAAAGCCAAGGUUUUCUAGCAGAGCAUUUUUUUUUAUAUUUUACCUGAAGGUUAUUAUUUAUAUAUUAUCCUGUAAGUGUCAGCGGUUGAAUCAUGUGACUGAAGAUUUGAAAAAUGACACAUUUUGUAAAUGUUACAUAAUUUCAAUCUGUAUUAACACUCAUUUUAAAUUCUGUGUUCUUCAUCCAGAUUAUUUUUGUAAUGGACUUCAAACUAAACUGGUUUUGUGCAUGUUUGUUUGCUAAUACACUUACUGUCACGUUUUUGAAGUACAGUUUUGUACAUUUGUAAUAUCAAUGGCUAAAUAAAUUCUGAACAGAAAUAA